CGUCAAACUGAAACCGCAGAGCGCGCGCUUUCGCCGGAGUCUCGCUGCUCACGUUGUUUUGCGACGAAUUAAAAUUAAAUCUCGCCAUUCUGUUCAGAUAAAUAAUUAAACCAUGUCCAAGAACAAAGAUAAACUAAACACCAGCUCCAAUACGCUCUUCAAUUACUUUGCCAAGUCACCCGCAACAACGCCCAAGCUCAAACCAUCGAGCUCGGGCGGGGCAGGAACUCCGAAGACGGUCAAGCAGGAGAAAGUGACCCCGUCGCCGGCACGCAAGGAAUCCGUGGUUCCGGAAAAGGUUCCCAAAGAUGAGGAGGACGAGGAAGAAGUGCAGCCGAUGAAGAAGCGCCGCCGGAUCAUCAUGGACGAGUCCGAGGACGACGGCGACGACGAUUCCGAAAAUAAGGUCAAAAAUGAGAAAACACCCCCGAAGGUUGUUCAACUGGCCGCGUUCAAGCGGGUUGAAACGCCGAAGAACGGCGGGGAAUCGCCGGUGCAGAAGAAGAUAAAGCUGGAGGUUGGAGUGGAAGCAGCGAAGGAGCUGCCGGCGGCGAAGGAGGACGACGAUGAUGGGCCGGUGCUGGAGGAACCGACGAUUUGGCUGCAUCAAAAGUUGGACUUUUUGAAGCCGGACAAAAUUAAGGACAUACAAGGAAACAAGGCCAACAGUGAAAAGUAUGACCCAAGGACUCUGUUCGUACCGGAGAGCUACCUCGCAACGUUGACGCCGGCUAUGCGGCAAUGGUGGGAGUUGAAGUCGCGACACUACGAUUGCGUGUUGUUCUUCAAAGUUGGCAAAUUCUACGAGCUUUACCACAUGGAUGCCUCUGUCGGGGUGAAGGAGCUGGGUUUUUCGUACAUGAAGGGCGAGUUCGCCCACAGUGGCUUUCCGGAGCAGGCGUACGAGCGGAUGGCCACAUCGCUGGUCGAACGGGGCUACAAGGUAGCCCGGGUUGAGCAAACGGAGACACCGGACAUGAUGUCGGAGCGGUGCAAGAAGAACAAAACCAACAGCAAGUAUGACAAGGUCGUGAAGCGCGAGAUUUGCCAGGUGUCGCUCAAGGGCACAGAAGUUUACGGCCAACAGGUCCAGAUGACCCAAAGCGCAGACCCCAACUACAUGCUUGCGAUUGCGGAGCGCAGCGCUGGAAAGGGUAAAUCUGGUGGAGUCCGUUACGGCGUCUGCUUCAUUGACACUUCGUUGGGUAUUUUCCACCUCGGAGAGUUUGAUGACGAUGGCCAGGCGUCUCGUUUGUUGACCCUGUUGUCCCACUACGCUCCGGCGCUGGUUCUGCACGAGCGCAGCUUGGUUUCGCCGGGCAUCCACCAGAUCUUCAAGACGGUGCUGGCCGGAGUGCGCAAGGAACCACUCACCAACGAGUCCCAGUUUUGGUCGGCGGAGAAAACGUUGAAAUACUUGGCGGAGAACCAUUACGGCAGCUCGAGCGACGAAAAGUCGGCCAAGUGGCCGGAAGCGGUCCGAUGCCUGCUCGACAAAAACGACCAUCUCGGUCUAACGCCCAACGAAGACUCUGAGCUAUCACUGAAGGCGCUAGGCGGUUGCAUCUGGUACCUGAAGCGCUGCCUGCUCGACCAACAAAUAGUUGCCCUGGCCAAAUUCGAGCUGUACAUUCCCCCGGAUGACAACGUGACUCGGAAGCAGUUGAAGAUCUCCAACAGCAACCGGUUCAUGGUGCUCGAUGCGAUUACGCUGAGCAACCUGCGUCUCACGGAUGGCGAGUUGUCGCUGCUGAACCGCCUGGAUCACUGCUGCACAAAGUUUGGCAAACGGCUGCUCCAUCACUGGGUUUGUUCUCCGAGCUGCGAGCGCGAAAUCAUCAUUCAACGCCAAGACGCCAUCAAAGAACUUGUAGAGGACAUCAACCUCCUGCAGGAUGUCCGUCAAAUUCUAGGAGAGCUGCCAGAUCUCGAGCGAAUGCUGGCCCAAAUUCACAGCUUUGGAAAUGCGGAGCGCAUGAAGAACCAUCCGGACGGCCGGGCCAUCCUAUACGAAGAGCAGACGUACAGCAAGAAGAAAAUCCAAGACUUCAUCUGUACCCUGCGGGGAUUCAAGGCCCUAACCCGACUCCCAGAACUAUUCGCUGGAGUCAAAUCCGACCUCCUAAUUCGUCUGACACAACUAACCCCAAAAGGCGGUGUCUUCCCGGACAUGGCGAGCAAGAUAAGCUUCUUCGAGGAAUCGUUCGACCACGAAGCGGCCCUGAAAACCGGCGUCAUCGCUCCAGAAAAAGGUUUGGACACGGAGUACGAUGCGGUGCAGCGCGAUAUUCAGGGCAUUCUGGACGAGCUGGAGGAGUACAAGCGCAAGCAGGAAAAGUAUUUUGGCUGCAAGAUCGACUACUUUGGCAGCGAUAAGAAGCGGUUCCAGCUGGAGAUUCCCGAGGGAGCGGCGAAGAAAGCCAACAGCGGGUACUCGCUGGAAGGGCAGAAAAAGGGCAAAAAUGGAGUUAAGCGAUACCACACGGACGAGACGCGCGAGUUCCUGAAGCGCAUGAUGCAAACCGAGGACCAGCGGAAAGCCGUACUGAAGGACUUGGCCCGGCGUAUCUUCGAAAAAUUCUCCAGCGCGUACGACAUGUGGAAGACGUGCGUUGAUUUGGUGGGAACGCUCGACGUGCUGACUGCGCUGGCCGAGUUUGGACGCAGCUCGGGUAGUACGUGCUUCCCGGAGAUUCUGGACAGCGACGAGGAGAAAGGGCAGAUUUUCGAGCUCAGCGAAGGAAUUCACCCGUGUGUGAGCGAUCCGGAAAACUACAUCCCGAACGGAGUGAGUCUUGGCCAGGAUGGGACUCGGUUGAUCCUGUUGACCGGGCCGAACAUGGGCGGAAAGAGUACGCUCAUGAGACAGGUUGGAGUGUUGGCGAUCAUGGCUCAGAUUGGUGCUCCGAUUCCGGCCGAGAGCUGCCGUUUGACGCUGAUUGACCGCAUUUUUACACGCUUGGGGGCAAACGACGACAUCAUGGCUGGUCACAGCACGUUCCUGGUUGAGCUGAACGAAACUUCGACGAUUUUGAAGCACGCCACGGAGAAGAGUCUGGUGCUGCUGGACGAGUUGGGACGAGGAACCGCUACGUACGAUGGAACGUCGAUCGCCGGAGCCGUGGUCCAGUUUCUGGCGGAACUCAAGUGUCGAUCGAUGUUUUCCACGCAUUAUCACAAUUUGGUUGAUAACUUCGAACGGGACGAGCGCAUCCUGCUGGGGCACAUGGCCUGCAUGGUUGAGAAGGAGGACGACGAAGAUCCGACCCAGGAAACGGUUACAUUCCUGUACAAGUACGCUCCCGGAUCGUGCCCCAAGUCGUACGGGUUCAACGCAGCCAAGCUGGCCGGAAUGCCACCGCAGAUCAUCAAGCGUGCAUACGAGCUCUCCAAAACGGUCGAGGCGGAAGCGCUUAAGCGCAAAACCUUCACAAAAUCGCUGCUCCAAGCGGACCGCACCGAGGUGCAGGAUCUGCUGCGGAAGCUGAAGGGAUGCCGGCUCUAGGUCCGCGAACCGCAUCGCCCGAUCACUCUCCAGUGCCGUAAGUACAAAACACCAAAACAUACCCAUUUAAAAAUCUCAAGUAUUAUUAUUAGCAACCAGGAGUUGAUAUUUUUUUCUGUUUUACUUCACGUAUACGAUGUUAGAGUUUCGGUUGUUCAUGUUCCAAAUAAAUCCGUGCGAUUCUAAACGACAUUCAA